CCAAAGAACAAAACCCCAAAACCGCCCUCCCUAUAUGGGCCUCUGUACGAAUUCUCACUGCCCCCAAAUCUCACCCCCUCUCUCAACACGGGCAUACACUCUCUCAGGCCACCACCACUUCGCGGAUUUUUUUUCAGUUUAUCUUUUCUAUAACACUUCUUUCACGAUUACCAGGAAGAACUCCAACAAGAGUCUCGAGAAAAGAAUUCAGAGAAAAAACUAUAAUAUAGAGUGGGAAACAACUCAACAAGUGGGACUCCUGAAGGACCCGAACAACGGGGUGGGUUCCCGAUGAGUGUUCGGAUUUAUCGCAAUUUCUGCUGGUUUUAGGUAUGCAGAGACGAAGGGGGAUUCUGGGUAAGUUUCUUUCUGUGUAGAAUUACAAUGUGAGAUGCGGAUUUCUGAGGAUAGUCUAUGUAUGUGUUUGUGAUUUUCGUGAUGAUGGUAGUGGCUGCGUAUUCAGGUGCAGCUUCAGCUCAAACCCCCAAACCCGGGUCACAAGACGAUCCCCAAAUCAACCCGAGAAGACCGCCGCUUUUGCCAUCCGAGAAGGACAACAAUGGAGUUAACAGUAUCAACCCUAAGAGACCCAAAGCUAGAGUCGUCUCCUCCAGAUACAUGUCUCCUUCUUCUUCAAAUUCCUCUUCCAACUCAUCAUCUAUAUCUUCCUCAUCCUCUAAGACUUCCACUUCCAGAAGAUUCCAAUCUCCCUUGCUCUCAAGAAACUCGACGGUUUCGACCCCGCGGCCCAGCGCGCCAUCUCCCGGACCCAAAAGGUCUGUUUCGGUUGACAGGAGACGACCUUCUGUGUCGAGGCCUCUAACGCCUGAUCUUGAUCUGAAGGCACACAACGGGAGUGAGAUUUCGGCGGCUACUAAGCUUCUUGUAACUUCUACCAGAAGUUUGUCAGUUUCCUUCCAAGGUGAAGCGUUUUCUUUGCCGAUUAGUAAGACCAAGGUGGCCCCACCUUCCCCUAACUAUAGCAGUAUUAGGAAGACCACCCCCGAGAGGAGGAGAACCAUCACCCCUGUGAGAGGGAAGCCUGAGGGAGGAGGAGAUCAGGUCGAAAGUUCUAAGCAAAUUGAUCAGCAGAGAUGGCCUGCCAGGUCUCGCCAACCAAAUCCAUUGUCAAGGAGUUUAAACUGCGGUGAUUCAGAGAGGAGCAAGAUCAUCGGAUCUGGUAUUCAGGCACUCCGGCAGUCCAUGAUUGAUGAAAGCUCAGUUAGCAAUGACCCGUCAUUUCCUUCUGAUUCUGAUAGUGUAUCUUCCGGAAGUACUUCAGGAAUGCAAGAGACAGGGGGAAGUUCCCGAGGACCGCCACGUGGUAUUGCUGUCUCGGCUAGGUUUUGGCAAGAAACAAACAAUAGGUUAAGGAGGGUGCAGGAUCCGGGUUCACCUUUAUCCACAAGCCCCACCGCAUCAAAGCUAAUUGUGCCGCCCAAACUGAGAACUGUCUCGUCAUCUCCUAUCCGUGGGAGUGGUGGCAUGAGACCGGCUUCUCCAAGUAAGAUGGGGUCAUCUCCCUCACGGGGACGAAUGAUUAGCCCUAGCCGUGUGAGGAAUGUUGUUAGUACCAUUAGUAAUAGUUUUGUAGAGACGCCUUCCGUUCUUAGUUUUGCUGUGGAUGUCCGGAGGGGGAAGGUGGGUGAAAACCGGAUGGUCGAUGCACAUUUAUUACGUCUUCUUUAUAACCGCUACUUGCAAUGGCGCUUUGUGAAUGCUAGGACAGAAGCAGUGUUGCGUGCACAGACGCAUAGUGCAGAGAAAAAUCUUUGGAAUGCGUGGAUAAGAAUAUCAGAUUUGCGUGAUAUAGUCACCAAAAAAAGACACAGGUUGCAAUUGCUGAAGCAAAAAUUGAAGCUGGCGUCUAUACUGAAGGGACAAAUAGCUUAUUUAGAAGUUUGGGCUUCUUUGGAUAAAGACCAUUCUGUUGCUUUAUUGGGGGGCAUGGAAGCUUUGAAGGCUAGCACUUUGCGUCUUCCCGUUCUUGAUGGAGCAAUUGCUGACAUUCAAAGCUUGAAAGAAGCGGUUGGUUCUGCUGUUGAUGUGAUGCAUGCAAUGGUAUCCUCCAUUCCUUUGCUUUUGGCAAAGGUAGAGGAAGUGAAUAUCUUAGCAACGGAACUUGCAAAAAUGACUGCAAAGGAGCGUGCAUUACUAGAACAAUGCAAAGAUUUCUUGUCUAUGAUAGCUACAUUGCAGGUGAAGGACUGUAGUUUGAAAACACACAUAUUACAACAUUGCCGUGUAUCAACAAGACCUGUGUAGAACUGAUCUUUUAUUUUGACCCCAACUCUAAAAUUCUAACAACGGUUUGGCCCGGUGGAGGUGACACAUCUCAGAGUUGUGUAGGAAAGCACACAAAUUCCAUGACUCUAAUUUUGGCUUCAGUUUUGGAACACAGUCUGUCUCCCCCUUGCUGCAUGAAUAUUCCACAAGUGAUUUUCCUUCUCGCUAAUAUCUGUAUACGUACUCUAACGUAUUUCCGGUUACUGCCAUCAACUGUCUAGCAAAAAGGCAAAAAAAUGUUGUGUAUAUAUCUGUAAAAGCUCUAAAUUUUUAGAAUGUUGCUGAUUGAACGUAUUCUUUUGGCAUCCAUCAAUUUGUUAACUGGCGCCUGGCGGUUAUGGUUAGAAUGGUUUUAAACGUGUGUUCUUUGUGUUGCACUAUGAUUGUGAAUUCAUUGAGGGUUUGUAAAUUUCACUAUUAUUUUCUCAAAAUAUGGCAAGGACCAGCACUGGAACCGGAUUUUAUGGACUGGAACUGGUUCUCAG